GCCGCUCUUUGGAAGAUGAGGACAAGGAAGCCACCCUGCCCAGUAGAAAAAGUCUGGGUAGACAAGCACAAAUAUGAUGAAGCGGAGAGACUGCAUUAUGAAAGAGAAGUGAUGCUUGCUGCUGCAGCCCCUGACGAGUGCCAGGAGGUGGAGGCUGUUAACGGCGUCUGCAACGAUGACUCUGUUGAAAGUGAACUCAAGGGAGACCUGAAGAAAGCCAAGAAUGGGAAGAAACAAAGGAAACGGAAGCGUUCUCCAAAGCCUAAAAGUGUAGCCUCUAAGUUAGACUCUGUUCUGACUGGUUUGUCAGCUGACCAUGUGUGGUUUGACAAACCGUACUACGAUCAUGCUGAGAACGCCUACAGGAAAAAAUUAGCAGAUUGUCAGAACCGGGAAGCAUCUGAGGUGGCAUCAACUGCUGAGCUGUCACCAUUAGUGGCCACGGCCAAAGCUGUCCAAGAUGUUCCAAAGCCACGGGUGCUUUCAGCAGCCCUAUCCUGCUCCCAUGGGAACCUGUCUGCAUGUCACCAUGUUGUUCAGGGUGUCUGGGUCAACAAGCUUGACUUUGAUAGAGCAGAGGAGGCAUUUAUCGAAAAAUCAAUGGCCUUACUUCCACCAAAUGUCCUGACCAUCCCGGCUGUGUGGUCAAACACUGGCAGCAUUGGGCCAGGAACGCCAGAUGAGGGCUAUGUCACAGCCCUGCCUACUCCUGCUACACCAAGUUUGGCUCCGGACAUAGUUGCUGCUUCUACUUCUUCCUUCGUUACCAGUUUGCCUGGCUCCGUACAGCAGACAGUGAAUGGGAAGCCACAGAUUUCGAGCUUGCAGGCUCUUGUGUCGGAGGUGUGGUUGGAGAAACCUCUCUAUGAUGAUGCUGAGAAGAGCUUCUAUGAGAACAUGUUUGAUGAUCAUUCAUCUGGCAAUGCCAAAGAGCAGCAACGUGGCUGCCCUGAAGCAGCGAAGAAUGAUGUUGAGAAGCAGGCAGGCAUCAAACAUGAGAUCACCACCAACUCUCUGCUCCCUAGUGAUGCUGAGCAACCUCCACCUACCAGCUUUUUCCUACAUGAGGACAGCGAAACCGUGUGGCUUAAUAAGCCAACAUACGACAGAGCUGAGUCACGAUACUUUGCAGCCAAGGCUCAGAAAGUGUUGAGAGUGGGAGAGAGUGCAGGGAUGCAGGAAUCCUCUGUAGUAAAACCUUCCCAACCGUCUUCUUCUGCUCCAGCCGUUCCUGUGCAAGAAACAAAAACAAUGGCAGUCGACUACUUCAUGCACGAGAAGAUCUGGUUUGAUAAAUACAAGUACGAUGAUGCCGAGAGAAGAUACUAUGAGCAGAUGAAUGGGCCGGUUGGCAGCCCUUCACGCCAGCAGGAGAACGGAGCCAGCACGAUCCUACGCGACAUUGCCAGAGCCAGGGAGAAUAUCCAGAAAUCGCUGGCCGGACAGAAGACAGGUCCUCGUAGUAAAGAAGCUCCUUCUGCCCGUCAGAAGAAGCAGUCGGGCCGCUCAACUAGUGCAAGCACGUCAUCUUCUGGGCCUCCUGGUGACCAAAAUGAUCUCCUUUCCAGAAUUUCUCACCUGGAGGUAGAAAAUCAAAACCUUCGCAGUGUUGUGGCAGACCUUCAAAAGGCCAUUUACAAGUUGGAAAGCCGCCUGAACGCUCUGGAAAAGUCAUCUACCUCCCACCAGCCUGCGCCAGUUCCUCCAACCCAGAAAGUGGAACCAUUCAGUGUUCCCUCCAAGAAAGUGGAGCUUCCUUCUGCUUCACCGGCAAAGAAAGUUGAGCCAGCUGCUGCAGAGGAAGAUGAUGAUGAUGACAUUGACCUCUUUGGUAGUGAUGAUGAAGAGGAAGACCAAGAGGCAGCCAAGGUCCGGGAAGAGAGACUGCGUCAAUAUGCGGAGAAGAAGGCCAAGAAACCGGGUCUUAUUGCUAAGUCCUCUAUCCUGUUGGAUGUGAAACCAUGGGAUGAUGAGACUGACAUGGCGAAGAUGGAGGAGUGUGUCCGGUCCAUCCACAUGGACGGACUGGUGUGGGGAGCCUCCAAACUUGUCCCAGUAGGCUAUGGCAUCAAGAAGCUCCAAAUACAGUGUGUGGUUGAGGAUGACAAAGUUGGGACAGACAUCCUGGAGGAGGAGAUCACCAAGUUUGAAGACUAUGUGCAAAGUGUUGACAUUGCUGCUUUCAACAAGAUUUAGAAGCCAAACUGUAUCCCUUCGGAAACUGUAACUAAUAAAGAGCAAGAUUGGGAGUGCAGAUGGGAUCAUGGUCUUCUCUGCAAGACUUGGGGGAUGUCCCAUUGUUGAAGGAAGGCCUU